AUGUCACAACUGGAGAUGACCAUGGUCAUGGUCAUCGAGGUCUCUGCCUUGUUCAAGGGUAUGGAUAGCAACAAGGAGGGCCUGAGCAAGGAGGAGCUGAAAGCACAGUUGGAGAAGGAGCUCCCAGGCUUCCUGGAGAAUGGAAGGAACAAGGAGGCUGUGGACAAACUGCUCAAGGACCUGGAUGCCAGUGGUGACACUAUGGUGGACAUCAACGAGUUCAUACUGUUUGUGGCUGCGAUUGCAUCUGCCUGUCACGUGUACUUCAAGCAGAAGGCACUCAAUGGAUGCCCUACAGACCCACAUUCCUGA